AUGCGAUCACGAACCGGCUGCUUAACGUGUCGAACACGAAAGCUUAAAUGUGAUGAAGAAAAGCCCGAAUGUUCACAAUGUCGCAAAGGUGGCCGAGAAUGUCGUCCGAGCGAAGGAGUAGUUUUCCGCCAUCAGCAGAACGCGUCGAUGAACCGGAACUCCCCAGAUGGUCGCGGUAGUCUCAACGGGUUCUAUUCGUACAAGAACACCUUUGAUAAGGAUAGCGUGUGGCUGGAUGUUCCCAAACAUGUGAUCUUCGUCGACAACUCCGAUCCAUACGCCGACGACAUCGAGGCCUCAUUGCUAGAUCCAGGCAGCGCAGCGCAAAUAAACUCUCCAAAUCACAGAUGGGGCAGUGGAGGCUCUCGACCGAGCGAUGCCGAGACACAGGGAUUGGAAGCCUUGUCGGCAGUCGCAACGCACGAUCGCUUUCCUUAUUCUUCCCUAGACCAUUCGGUCUCCGAUAGUACCUCAUAUACCUCUCCAAACACACGGCGGAGUGCCGCUAUACCCCCGGCUUCGCCCUCCAUGUCGCUGUCGUCCACCAGCAACAAUACCAAUAUUAAUUUCCUCCUCAACCCCUCGCAUUCGAUGUCCCCCUCCAUCGACCCAAGUAUGCAGCUCUCCGACCGGAAUACUGCGCUUCCAUCAAGACCGGCAGCUUCACAGAGAAGCUUAAGCCACAUGAGCCACAUGAGCCUCAUGAAUCACACAGACGAUAAUGCAGAGACUGAUUUCGAGACCGCUUUUCUUCUGCGACAUUACUCCGAAGGACCGGGACUGUGGAUGGAUCUCUUUGACCUAGGGACAUAUUUCGCUUCAUACGUCCCAGUGCGAGCAAGAACCAACCCGCUCUUGAAAUUCGCCGCCUGCGCAUAUUCCGCCAAACAGCUGGGUCGAGUCAAAGGUGCCAAGGCAUCGGUAGGCGGAGUCUGCACCCAGCAAGCUGCAAUGGAACUCUGGCCCGAGAAAGACCCUGACUUUGCAUGGUACGGGGCUAAAUAUUAUGAAAAGGCCAUCCAGCUGUUAAUGAAGGAGCUGCAACCCGACGCAGAGGGUCCACCUCCAUUGAGCACCCCCGAGGCUUUCGGCCAAUGGCAGGCUGCCGAGCUUUCUGUAGAUUCGGAUAACCCACGUAAGCGCCGCAGACGGGUUUCUGAUAGUCGGCUCUCGCAUGGAGUUCAUUCCGAUGAGGUGCUCGCGGCGACGGCCAUUCUCUCUGUGUAUGAGUUCCUCGAUGCCGCUGGCCCUGCGUGGAAUCGUCAUUUGAGUGGCGUGAAGUCAUUGCUUGAUGUCGCUGAAGUGGGCAUGAUGCCUCUUGAGCAGCGUCAGUCUCCGGGAGAGAACUCAUAUCAGACGCAGACGCCUAAGAAGUCGGGUCUUUCCAAGGCUCGGAGGGCGACGUUUUGGAAUUUUGCGCGGCAGGACUACUUAGCUGCCUUCAUUAAUGAAUGCCACACAAGGCUGAACACAGACGACACAGUCCUCUGGACCGAAGCAGGUCUACUCAUCGACAAUGCAGGCUUUGUCUGCGCCAGCAACACAGGCGCAGCAGGAUACCCAGAAGGCGAAGAUGUAAUGAAAGAAGACCUAAUCAGCAACGGACUAGUCUGGAUAAUGUCCAAGAUAGUCAAUUUCAUAAGCUCCGGCGACAACGUACACCUAACCGACCACCGAUCCGUGCCAGGACCCUUGGGCGUCUCGCAACAAGUCCUGCUGGAGCGGUGGUACAGGCUCGAAUCCGAGCUCGACGCAUGGUACACCGGGAUCCCAGAGACAUUCCAGCCCUGCGCACGAAUGGACCCAUCAAAUCUCACACACCAUCGCUCGCCCAACGAAAACGAAGACAUUUCCACCCUCCAGGAAAUCUGGUACAGUCUGCCUAUGUGCGCCUCCGCCAUGCAGCACUACCACAUGGCACGCAUCCUGCUGCUCAUUAACAAGCCGCACGAGUCCACCAGCCGCCGGAGCACCAUUACGCUUCGGCUUCAGUCGUACCGCUCCAUCGAGUCCGAGAUCGCAUUCCACAGCCGCGAGAUCGUGGGCAUCGGUCUCUCCCGCCCGGACGGAAGCGUCAGGAUCAACUCGCUGCAGCCGCUCUUUGUUAGCGGGCAGUGUCUGACGGACCCGCGUGAGCGCCGCACUACCGUGCGUCUACUGAGGAGUAUCGAGUCUGAUCUGGGCUGGGCAACUGAGUACCGUGUGCAGCAGUUGCUGAAGGAGUGGGGGUGGAAUGAGAGUUCGACCCUAUCGCCUGGUUCCUGA